GGUGCAACAGUUAUGCUGAUCGGAACGGCAGAAAAUUUACCUCAGAUGCAGAUUGCGGAUACUGUUGUGGAGGAGAAGCCUCAAGUGGAGGAUAAAAUUGAACUACCUCACGGUUUGGUCAACUUAGGUAACACGUGCUACGCGAAUGCGGCUGUACAGAUGCUGUACUCUGUCCCAGAAGUCUGUGCUGCUCUGGAAAUGUAA